AUGGGCAACUCGCUGCGGAUCGUGCGCGAGAUGGCACAGCACGAGGGCAGCGGCGGCGGUGGGCUGCUGCGGACGUUCUACCGCGGGCUGACGCCGAACGUGGUGGGCAACUCGAUCAGCUGGGGGCUGUAUUUCCUGUGGUAUAGCAAAUUGAAAGACGCGCUGCAGACGGUGCGUGGGCGUGAGGAGUUGACGUCGCUGGAUUACUUCGUGGCGUCGGGGACGGCGGGGAUUCUCACGGCCAUCCUGACGAACCCGAUCUGGGUGAUCAAGACACGCAUGCUGUCGACGGGCGCGCACGUCGCGGGCGCGUACUCGUCGAUGACGCACGGCGUGCGGCAGAUCUACCAGACAGAGGGCGCGCGCGGGUUCUACCGCGGGAUGGUGCCGGCGCUGUUCGGCGUGGGCCACGGGGCGCUGCAGUUCAUGGCGUACGAGCAGCUCAAGCAGUACCGGACACGCAGCAGCACGACGACGACGCGCCUGGGCAACAUGGACUACGUGGUGCUGUCGGGGGCGUCGAAGCUGUUCGCGGGCAGCGUGACCUACCCGUACCAGGUGCUGCGGGCGCGGCUGCAGACGUACGACGCAGCGGGCACGUACGGCGGGCUGGGCGACGCGGUGGCGCAGAUGUGGCGGCGCGAGGGGGUGGCUGGGUUCUACAAGGGGCUGGGGCCGAAUCUCGUGCGCGUGCUGCCCAGCACCUGGGUGACCUUCCUGGUGUACGAGAACAUGCGCGCGUACCUGGGGCCGCAGGGAGGUAUCAUAUAA